GAACCGCCUGUUAAAAAGAAAACAUUGUCUAUGUCAGCUUCGCGCGCGAACCAAGUUCGAUUUUUGAAUUGUAUUGUGUUGUGAUACAUUUUUGUGAUAAACUUUUCGUGUUCUACAUACUUACGUACCAAAUAAAAAUAAACGUUUUAUUUUUGUUUAUGUUUACGGAUUUAUGUUCUGAAUUUUGGAUAUUGCAUCACAAAAUACUAUGUGUUUCGGGAUCAAGGACGAGAGCGAUACAAGAUGCUAGCAACGAGUGGGCCCGAGGCCCAUGAGCAGCUAACGAGAUGGUAACGUGCGACGAGAGCACACCUGUCGGCGGCUUCCACUUGGGUGGUCGCGAGGAUGAGGGGCCGCGAGCGCCGAGCGUCUCCUCACUCUCGAUGUACAAGCAGAAGAUUGACGCGCUGUUCGAUGACACCCGCUCGGUUACUAGCCUGCAGUGUGGCCCGGAUGUAGGCAGGCGAGACAGCAAGAUAAGUUUGCCGCAAGAUAGUAAGACGAUAUUUGAAGAUGAAAAUGACUACUGCGAGAAUAAAAUUAAGAAGAUCAAUAACACAGUCCAAGACCGUAUAGAAAAAAUGUUUGCAGAUAUGGCGGGAGAAACCAGGCCAUUUGAAGGUAUUGGAGUGCACGUGUUCAAUGUGCAUUAUUUAGGCUCUACACCCCUACAGAGUAAGGUCACGAGCCUCUCUGGUUUGCAAACCCCAUUAAAAGAUUUAUAUUUUGCCUAUAGAAAGAAUUUCCGCCAUAAAAGUACAUUGACGGGCAGAUUAGAAAUAUCAAAAAGUGGACUGAAAGUAAGGUACAAAGGGGAGAAGGGAGAUUUAGAACAAUUAAAUCCAUUCCCAACAAUAGCUGUUUGGUCGGCUGUGAAAUUUGUCGUCCAAGAAACGGACAAAGAACCCAACGAGCAGAGCUACGCAUUUUUGCCUCUCAUUACCGACCCUGAUAACAUCGAUCGUCAUGCGUUAUUUAAGUCAUUGGAAGCAUCUGAAAAGAAAUACAUCCUCUCCCACAACGAAAACACCCAUUCACCCCUUUUCGCUGUUGUGAUGAGGAAAAUCGGAGUCGCUAAACAACUCGAGUGUCAUGGGUUUGUAUGUCAGACGACUGAAGACGCUAUCGUUAUAGCGGCGACGUUGUACAAAUCCCUUAUGUCACACAUGAGUCGUCAAGGCCACGCCGAUAAGAAGAAGUUGAAGAAUCGAAACGGAGUCAGUUGUAUGAGCACGGCUAGUAGUUUACCGGCGAAUGAUAUCCCGGUUAGACCUCCACGAAAGAAACGCAGCACGUCGUCUUAUAGCGGCGACAGUGAUAGAGCUGAUGGAUUCUCAGCGAGUGAGUCAUUCACAGAGCAAGCAAAAAUGGAUAACUUCAAGGAAUUAUCUAUUUCAUCCCCACCCGUCCUCCCUCUAGACGCGAAAAGAAUUACAGUUGAAGAAGUGAAAGCUAAAUUGGAUUCGAUUAAACACAAUGGUACUCGUGAUAAUGAACUGAGGAAAUCGCUGGAAAAGCUGUCGCAUCCUGCAAACUUUCUGAAACAAAACCCUCUUAGUAGUAGUGAAUCAUCGGUUCGCAGUAAAGUUUCAGAGAAAAUUGAAUUAUUCCGUGAAUUGGAACGACGAAAAAGUAUACAGCGACCACCGACAUUGCCACCACCAAUUCCUGUAAAACCAGCCCCAUCCCCGGAUUCGAAGGAACCGCUUAGAAGGACACAAAGUGGUAGAAAAUCUUUGGGAGAAACUGGUGAUAUUCUAACAAAAGUCGCGAUACCAAGGUCGGGAAGUUUCCUGAACGCGGGGGGAUUGACGCGUUAUAAAUCUAUUGGCCAUAGGAACAAUGGAAAGAAAGGAGGCGGUUCACCAUUGGGUUUCAAUGAACUAUUUAACGAAUUUAAAGUGCAAGAAAACUUACAUUCGAUGGACGAAAUAUUAAAUGUCAUCAUCGACCCGGACGGAAUGUCUUUUAAUGAUUUAAAACCUAUUUAUAAAGAAUUUCUACUCAAGCUAGCGGUAACGUUGACCAAGGACGAAAUUUUUCAGCACAGUAAAGCGAUAAUGAAGAAACAGAAGAAAAAGAUUUUACGAAGGAACAGCACGUUCCAAAUCAAGAGGAGGAAGUUUUUCAAAGGUGCCAGUGGACUGCGAAUGGUAUUUAGGUUACCAUUUGGAAAAGACCGAAAGAAGGAAAAGAAAAAGUUACAGGCGUUGGAAGCUAGCACCGCGUUAAAAGCUAAGGAUCCUAUAUCUGAGAGCUCUGUGUCUACAUCGAGUUACGAUUUGAGACAGUUCAGACCCAAAGAGCCACCUGUACUUGCACCUAAAAGACAAACGACGAGACAAAGAAACUCAAGGCGUUCAGAUAAAGCGGUCCACGUUUCUGAACGGAAAGGGAAGUCGAGGCCUGGAGAAAGGACAUCUUCGGAAGACUCAGAUUUCUUAACGUUGAGCAAUAGAUUGGGAUGCCAAAACCGAAACAGCUCGAGCGGUUACGUAUCGUGCUCCGAAUGUGAGUCCGAAAGCUGCAUGGACAGAUGUUAUUGCUCUCUCAAAACUAACUGCAAGUCCAAGUGCUAUUGUUCAGCUCUGGAUACCGGCAAAGACUCCGCGAAGGCGAGACUGCUUGGAAAAAACUGCAAAGAAUGUUCCAAAGAAGUAUACGAAGCUGACUACAGCUAUUGCUCCUGCGACUCGGAGAGUUGCGAUGAGAGCAACAAAUGCUACUGCAACGGUCCCCGGCGCGCUGUCCAACCGUCACAGAGCCUCGAAUACCUGCAGAGCCCGUCGCAGCGGGCGUACUCAGACAAACUGAAGCGGGCCUUCGACCAUGACGGGAAACCUAGGAGCAGAUCCAGAGCGUCGAACCGGCGCCGCGCGCGCAGCUCCGACAGCGUGGCGCUGGACUACGAGCUGCUGCUGCAGAACAAGACCAGGGCCAGCAACAUGCAGCGGCUUACCGUCCGUAGCACGGGCGCGGGUUCCCACGACGCAUUGAGUGUAAAAAAGUCCGCUGAAAUGGCGGCAUUAUUCGCCGACGUACGACUCUCGCAGCGCACUGACGUUCGCUCCCUCGCGCAAGGGCGAAGGACCAGGCCUCCGCCCCUUCCUCCAUCUAGCGUGCCCCUCUCUAGAAUGUUCGAGCACAGGCCUCUGAGCCGGAACGCAUGUUUGGAGGACACGUUGGGAUAUUUUCCUUGAAAAAUGAGUUAUUACGUCAUUGGGAGCGUCAGACUUUUCGUUACUUUAAGCAUACUUACGAAAUUACAUAUUAUCAAAUGUUUUUAUCAUAAUUAUAGUCCAUAGAAACAUCCAUUUCUUACUUCUCAGUAAAAUUGAUAAUAAAGCUUUUGAAAAAUAUCGUCAUUUACGAAAUAGAAGUUUUAAUAUUGCUGAAAUGAAUUACGGAGAACAUUUGUUUAGGAUGAAAUUAUGUUAAAAAAAGAUAACGGAACUGCUCUGACUCUCAAGAAAUAUCAACGAACGAAUUGUAAAUAAACAUAAAGUAACAGUCAUUAUUUUCAGAGACUAUAUGACACGUAAUAAAAUUUCCUUUCUAAAAACUAUAGUACGUUUAUUUAUUUAUUGUUACUUUUAUAAUGCACUUAUUGUAAAAUCCGAUACUUCCACCACUAGUAUUCAGCUAAGAUUUUGUUGUACAUGACUUGCGUAUCUCAAUCAAUAUACCACCUUAUUUAUAUGAUAAGGACGAUAAUUAGGUAUAAAGCUAAUUUAUCUAUGUAUGUAGUUAUUUAUUCAGUAAAAUAACGUUUAUUAUACAUAGGUUAACCGUUGAGUCAAUGUAACUUAAGGAUUUGAUUAAGACAAAUUUUUUGAUAAUUUUAUUUGAUUAUUUAUUGGGAUUUAAAACGGGGAAACAAAUUUGUUAGACGAUAUUUAGUUCUUGUAUUUCAAAGAUUGGUUUACAUUCUAAUUUUAUAAUGAAUACUCAUCGUUUGUAAUUGUAUGAAAAUUCUAAAGGAUUGCUUCAAUCGUCAUUAAAGCCAUUUUAGUGUUACUACUAAAAUAUAGGAUCCGCAAAAUGAUAAUGUUCCGAUGUAUUCUAAGUGUAAAUAUGUAUGUUAAGUAUCUAUUUUAUACAUUUAUAUGAUAUUGUUUUAUUCUAAUGUAGUGUUUGAAUAUGAAUUAUCAUAUCUGUGCAAUAAAUUUUGUGCAAUACAAAUAUAUGCAAUGUGCUAAAGAAAUGUUACUGCCUGUGCAAUAUCGAAUGAUCUGAAAUAUAUUUUGUUAAUAAACUAUUGAAUUGAA